AAGUACAAAUUGUCGUGCACCCAUUACACUAGAAGAGAUGGCGGAUAUUUCAAGUCUCUUUAAAACGUUUGCCCCUUCACUUUCCUCAAUAAAAGCAGAUCUUUUGAGGGCAAAUCGUGAAUGCUCACAGAGAAAGUUAUUCCACAGUGCUAAAUGGGCCGCAGAAUUGCUCUACUCCAUUGAUGCUCCAGUAGAUUAUAAACAGAUAUUGACUGUACAAGAAAGACCGGAUUUCAUUGAAGAAUAUGAUAAAUUUUGCCUGGCAUCCAGUUUCUUCGAUCUUAAGGAAUAUGACAGAGCUGCAUACUUUGUUCAGGACUGUAAAAACAAGAAGUCAUACUUCUUACACAUGUAUGGCAGAUAUUUAGCAGACGAAAAGAGGAAACUUGACAAUGCACCUGAUUCAAUCGGUCCUCCAGACAAACUCGAAAAUGAACACCUCAAGACCCUUAAAACUGAGCUCGCUAAAAAGUAUGCUAUCAAGGAGCUGGAUGGGUUCUGUAUGUAUCUAUAUGGUGUGGUUUUAAAGAAGCUGGAUUUAUUGAAGGAAGCCGUGGAGAUCUUUGUGGAUGCUGUAAAUGCUGAGCCAUUACACUGGGGGGCGUGGCUAGAACUGGUGACACUCAUCAAAGACAAGGAAUCGCUGUUGGCUUUGUCCUUGCCUAAUCACUGGAUCAAGCACUUUUUCCUGGGGCACAUAUACCUGGAGUUACAGCUGAAUGAGGAAGGUUUAAAGAUCUACCAACACUUAAUGGACAAAGGCUUUGUCAAGAGUACUUACAUCCUGUCACAGGUUGCCAUGGCGUACAACAACAUGAGAGAGGUGGACAUGGCUGUCAAUGCUUUCACAGAACUCACAGAGAUGGACCCUUACCGACUGGAAAACAUGGACUACUUCUCCAACACUCUGUACAUAAAGGAAAUGCGUGCAGAUUUAGCUCAUCUGGCCCAUCGAUGUUGUGACAUUGAUAAAUACAGAGAAGAAACGUGUGUUGUCAUAGGUAACUACUAUUCACUGCGACAGCAGCAUGAGAAGGCGGUGCUAUAUUUCCAGAGGGCUUUGAAGCUUAAUCCCAGGUAUUUGUCGGCUUGGACUCUGAUGGGUCACGAGUUCAUGGAGUUAAAGAACACUACAGCAGCCAUUCAGGCGUACAGACAAGCAAUAGAAAUUAACAUUAGAGACUAUCGUGCGUGGUAUGGUUUAGGACAAACCUAUGAAAUCCUGAAGAUGCCUUUCUACUGUUUGUAUUACUACAGGCAAGCACAGAAACUAAGACCCAAUGACUCAAGGAUGGCGAUGGCGCUCGGUGAAUCUUACGAAAAACUAGACAGAUUGCAAGAAGCCAAGAAAUGUUUCUGGAAAGCUCACGUUGUUGGGGACAUGGAAGGAAUGGCCCUCAUUAAACUAGCCAAAUUACACGAACGGCUUAAUGAAGAGGACCAGGCUGCUUCAGCGUACACAGAAUACAUCAAUGAGGCCAUCAGAAUGGGGACCUUUAGUGCAGAGGACCAGAGUCAGGCGUAUAAAUACUUGGCUAACUACCACCUACAGAGAAACAAUCUUGACGACGCGUACGCAGCUGCACAGAAAUGUACAGAGUUCCCGGAGAAAAGAGAGGAGGCUAAGGGGAUCUUGAAGGACAUCCAGAACAGGCGGGCCAAGAAGGAAGGCGGGUACUCCCAUCCCGUCAGAAUGGAUGAUAGUCUGGGGUCGAUCUGUCCUGACCCCCUGAAUGCCAGCAAUAGGACAUCGUCUGUCUGUCUGUCCCCGGUCAAUCUGAAGUUUGACAUUGGGGAUGACUGACAGUAGAGACAUCUUUUAUACGUGUGCUUCUAUGUACGGAGCUCGACUUGAAAUGAGAGCUGGAGACAACUGCAGGAAAGAAAAAUGUGUAUGCAUAAACUUGAAACUCAUUUUGUGCCGAGACCAAGGUCAAAGUCAUCUUCCUCUUAUUCUGUACACAUUGUCUCAAAUAGUGAACUACUCUCAGUGUGUAUUGUACCUUUACAUUGUCAGUGUGUAUUGAUGUCACAUGACCUAUACAUAAUACUACUGUCAGUGUGUGUUGUACCUUUACAUUGUCAGUGUGUAUUGAUGUCAGAUGACCAGUAACAGAGGACAGAUGAUAGGCUAAACUACACAUGCUCCCAAAAAUAGGGAACGUUAUAGUUAAAUAAAAAUACCAAUCAA